AUGGCUGUGAACAUCCCUGGACUUGUGGCAGUUGUUGUCUUCUAUAUAGUAAUUCUUGGAACUGGAAUUUGGGCAUCUCGAAAAUCAAAGCGGGAAGAGAAAAAAUGUUCUGGAGCCAAAAGUGAGGUGGCCAUGAUUGGAGGGAGAAAUAUUGGAACCUUAGUUGGGAUUUUCACAAUGACAGCAACAUGGGUUGGAGGAGGCUUCAUCAAUGGAAUUGCUGAAAUAGUUUAUCUGCCACAUCGUGGUCUAAGCUGGGCACAGGCACCCAUAACUUAUUGUUUGAAUCUUAUUUUAGGUGGCCUUUUCUUUGCAAAACCAAUGAGGACCAAUCAAUACGUCACCAUGAUGGACCCACUGCAGAUUAAAUUUGGUAAAGUUAUGAGUAGCCUCCUUUUGAUCCCAGCUAUAUUAGGAGAUAUUUUCUGGUCAGCUGCUAUACUUGCAGCAUUAGGUGCUACAAUGACUGUAAUUUUGGAUAUUGAAACUUAUUUGACAAUCCUUAUAUCAGCUUGUGUAGUUAUAAUAUACACAUUAUUGGGUGGUCUCUACUCUGUGGCAUAUACAGAUGUAAUGCAAAUGAUUUUUAUCAUCAUCAGUCUAUGGCUUUGUGUGCCUUUUACCAUUAAAAAUCCAGCAGUUGGAGACAUCAAAUAUACAAUGGUAAAUGAACAUUACCAGAGCCCGUGGAUUGGUAAAAUAGAAGUGAAGCAGAUUGGCCGAUGGAUCGAUGAUUUACUUUAUAUGAGUCUGGGAGGCAUUCCUUGGCAAGUGUAUUUUCAGAGAGUUCUUGCUGCUUCAUCAGUUUCUCAAGCACAAAAAACUUCUUAUGUUGCUGGUGUUCUCUGCUUCAUUUUAUCUUUACCUUCCAUCAUUAUUGGUGCCGUUGCAGUUUCUACAGAUUGGAAUCAGACAAGCUAUGGUUUGCCAACUCCAAAUGAAAGACAGGAAGCUAGCAUGAUAUUACCAAUUGUCCUUCAAUAUCUGUGCCCUAUUUACAUUUCCAUAUUGGGAAUUGGUGCCAUUGCAGCAGCAGUUAUGUCAUCAGCAGAUUCAUCACUUUUAUCAGCAAGUUCAAUGUUUGCACAUAAUAUCUACAAGACUAUUAUUAGGAAAAAGGCUGCUGAGAAGGAGGUGAUAUGGGUUAUGCGAACUGCAGUGGUUCUAUUUGGAGCUGCAGCUACAACAUUGGCUCUUCUAACAAACUCGAUUUAUGGUCUGUGGUUCCUGAGUUCAGAAUUAGUGUAUGCCAUAUUGUUUCCACAAUUUGUCUGCGUCCUCUUCAUUCCAAACACAAAUACAUAUGGAUCAGCUGCAGGAUAUUUUGUUGGGUUAACCUUGAGACUAUUAGCUGGUGAGCCAUUCCUUCAAAUUCCACCUCUAAUUCAAUAUCCAGGCAUUUCCUUUGAGAAUGGCACCUAUCAGCAACUCUUUCCAUUUAAAACUCUCACAAUGUUGCUGUCCUUAACUUCAACUAUCAUGUUCUCACAUCUGGCCUCAUUUGUAUUUAAGAGAAAGCUUCUACCUAUAAAAUAUGAUAUUUUUAAAAUUAUUGAUAAAAUUCACGAAUUGCCUGCAACAUCAGAAGAGCAGAUUACUUUGAGAUUGCAACAAUCAUGA